UGGGCACCUGCCCUCUGGUUGCAGCGUCACGAGUGAGUCUCAACCGAGCCUUGCUCACGGCAUCUGAAUCCUCGCCAUGGAGCCGGAGGAGGCUCAGGAACGUCUCAUCGCAGUGCUGGCCCUCGGGUUGCAAGCCGCAGCCUUGGGACGAGGCAUCUACCUGGCCUGGAAGUCUCGCAGCUGGUUCUGCGCAGGUCUGAGGGGCAUCGUCUCCAAAAGCAGAGAUGCCUUCCGCACCUCCAGAGAUGCCGAUGAAGCGCAGCGGAUCGAAAGUGAGGUCCGUCAGCGGAAGCUUCAGUUCGCACAGUGGCUUUUUGCAGCACUUCUUUGCUUGGCUCUGGUCAUUCUUUACACCCUCCAGUGGAGAUUGCGCCGGGGCUUCAGGAGCACAGAGAUGCAGCGGAUGGUGUUUUGGUGUGUUCUGGCGGGUGCAAUGCCAAUGACUCUACGCCUCUAUGUGCCCAAAAUGCUCUCAGCAUCAUCCCUCAAUGGGUGGUACGUCUUCUCAAUGAUCCUUUGUUUCGUGUGUUUGACACCUCUGGGAACCAAAGCUCAGCAAGUGGUUGGAUUCUCCUUCUUCUGGAUCACCUUUCUUCGAGUGCCCGCCUCCAGCUUCGCCCCGCGCAUGUCGCUGGUCUUGCUCUCGAACCUUGCCAUUUCCAUCCUCGUGUGCGUGCGCUACAGUGCCGUCACGCCCGCGAACGGCCGCGAUGCCGCGCUCUUCAUCGAAAUUAGCGGCUCGGUCUUCGCGAUCUUCGCCUGGCUGGCGGUGCAAGUGGCGCUGACCUCGAAGGUGGAGCAACAGAUCGACCACACCAAACUGGCCACCGAACUCAAUGCGGCCAAAUCGCUUCUCCGCAUGACCUGCGAUGCGGUCGUGGAGCUUGGGGAAGAUCUCUGUCUCACCGAGGACAGCCCCGAGUUGAGCAUUCUCCUGUUGAGGGGUGCGGGGUCAGGGACACUGAAGGGGGUGCCCAUCAUUGAUCUCAUGGCCUCGGGAGAGGCGGAGCGAGUCACUGAGCUUCUCUCAAGCUCUGCUGCAUUAGAUGCACCCGUGGACGGCACCCCACAGCCCUAUGUGGCCAAUGUCUUCAAUACUCAGUUGCAAGACAGCUGCGGCAGCAAAUUCAGCACAGAAGUCUUUCAUGUGCGCUACAAGAAGCUGGAUGGCGACUGUGGGCACCUCAUCGGCCUCCGCGACUUCACCGACCAGGGCGCCUUAGCCACGCGCGGCGGCGCCUCGCCGAGCCCCAGCGCCUCGGCGGCGGCAUCGCCCGCGGUGUCGCUGCAGCCGGACGCGGCGGCGUCCAGUCGAAUGGCAGCGGAGGAGAUUCUGAGGCUGCCCGGGCCGCCGCAGGUGCCGCAGGUGCCGCAGCCAGUGCCGCAGCCGGUGCCGCAGCAGGUGCCGCAAGCCGGUGAAGCAGCCACCAGCGCCAGCUCCGGAAGUGACUCACAGAACUUGAUGCUGCUCGAACUGGACAUGGAGACGAUGAUCUUCAGCGCGGCAUCGUGUGGUUUGGGUUUCAUGGCUGGAAGGAGCCUUCGGGAGGCCAGCAACGAGGAAGGCAUUGAUUUGUUGACGCAGACGGCGAGUCAAGUCCUGUCACUCGAGAGAAAGGGCCUUCUGACGGCGCAUUUCUUUCCCUUUGGGAAUUUGGAGUUGAGAUGGGGGACAUCUAUCUUGCACCGGAGCUUGAUUCACGGUACCAUGGAGAUCUUGCGCAGCACUUCGGGUGGUCUUCGACUCGUGCUGUGCUUUUCCUGGCCGAGCGGCCCGCGAGCGAUCCGCCGCUCCACCCGCGAGUCCCGCGAGGGGUCGCCCCGCCACCGGGAGUCCCGCGACGGACGGGACGAGCGCCGGGGGCACGGCUUCAACCGGCAGCGCUUGCCGACGGGACGUACAGGUACCGCGGCGACGGGAGUGGGGCAUUCCUCGCUGUAGGACGAAGGACGUGGCGGCGUUCCAUCCGAUGGCAUAGGGUUGUGAUCUGGCGUGGCGCAUGGCGCAUACGUUCUUUUUCUUUAUAUCUUUAUGAAGGCUUUUGAGAUUGCAUUCAGGGGAUGUUUCAAUCUCAGUUGCCCUCUGCUUAGGGGCAGAGGAUCUUAGUAUUCACGUGGCUUCCCGAUCUGAGAGGCAUGAAGAUGUUUCCUUUUUUCGACUCCGCUUCGCGCUUCUCCUCCGGGAAUUCGGAUGAGAAGGGCAGCGAUGGUUUCACCACGGAUUCGAGGUUGGAUGAUGUGAAUGUCUAAG